AGUAGAUGACAGGAACCUAACCUGAAAGGCUGUGAUCAAAUUCUUUUUUAUUUUUCCUGAUUUUAUAACAAAUUCUUGCAAGUAUGUGAAGAAAUGAUAUAGUGUGUAUAAAAUGGAGAAUGACAAUGAACUGAAUAGCACUUUUAAUGAGAUUGACUAUGAUGAGAUUAAACAGUAUGCGUAUUUAGAUGAGGGCAGUUUUGGAAAGGUUUACCAGGGAAACUGGAAAGGUCUUAAUGUUGCAGUCAAGCAUAUAUCAACGAAAGAGGAGAAGAAAGCUUUCUUUGUGGAGUUAAGGCAGUUGUCUCGAGUCAGUCAUGAAAACAUUAUCACCUUAUAUGGGGCUUGCACAAAAGAUCCCAACAUCUGUCUAGUCAUGGAAUAUGCAGAAGGUGGCUCACUCUUCAAAGUACUGCACAAGAAAAAGAACAUAGAUUAUGAAUUUGGACAUGCCUUGUCCUGGGUCUACCAAUGUGCUAAAGGCGUGGAUUAUUUACAUUCAAUGAAGCCUAAACCUUUGAUACAUAGGGAUUUGAAAUCGCCUAAUCUGCUGCUGAUUGAUGAGGGAAGGCAUCUGAAAAUUUGCGAUUUCGGUACUGCAGCUGACAAAAGCACUAAUAUGACAAAUAACAAAGGUUCAGCAGCUUGGAUGGCGCCUGAAGUGUUUGCAACAUCUAAUUACACUGAAAAAUGUGAUGUUUACAGUUGGGGCAUUAUUUUAUGGGAGGUUUUGUCGCGAGAGAAACCGUUUAGUAACGAAGAUAACGCCUUUCAAAUUAUGUGGGCUGUACAUAAGGGAUCGAGGCCUAAGCUGAUAGAGGGUUGCCCUCAGAUCAUCGAAAGUUUCAUGCUCAAGUGCUGGGAUGGAGAACCUAGUAAAAGGCCUACUAUGAAAGAGAUUGUUGAGUUAAUGGGUAAACUUGUAUCGGUAUUUCCUAACGCCAACGAACCGGUCACAACGAAUUCAUCUGAAUGUGAUGAGGAUGAAGACGACGAUUUAUAUGAUGAUGAAUAUGAUCAAGAUAUGUUUCCAACAAACGGAGAAUCUAGUAUGGUUAUUAAAACGCUGCCUCAACCUACACAAGAUAUGACAAAGCCACUCACUUUAGACAUGGAACACCAGAAUCAUUGGCAAGUGGGAAAGUUUAGUCAUGAAGAUAUGAAGCUCCAAACCAUGGCUGGAUUUGAUAAAAUGGUACCUAUAAAUAGUAGUACGAGUAUGGUACAAAGCACAAAUGAGACGAGCAAGACGGAUGCAGAUUUGGAGAACAUGCAUCUACUACUCGACGAAGAGUUUAGGCCUGCAACUCCGGAUUUCAACGACUCCAAGAGUGUAGCGCUCUUCGAGGAGCACAAGAAGUUGGCACAAGAAUACUUGAAGGUGCAAACGGAGAUCGUACUGGAAUCGCAGAAGCUGAAGUCUCCGCAGAUCGCACAGUCGCAGGAGAUGCGGAAGAGCAUCGACCGUCUACAGAGUGAGAGGGAAUCGCUGAUGCUGUUAAAAGAGAACUUGCUGAAACAGAAGCAAGCUUUAGUGAAUAUACCUGGUGGCAACCAAAGCAGACCCCCAUCAUCGGAAUGGGUUUUACUGCCCAGUCACGACGACGAUCAGACUUGACUCACGAGACUUCCUAUUUUAUUACGUAUAGAUUUUUUUUUAAAAGCCUUUAUACAUUUAUGCAUAUUAUGUGAUUUA